GUUCGCUUUUGAGAAACCAUCUUCAACUUUAUUUUUAUAUAUGGUCCGAAAAAAGUACACUGUGUAUCUAAUAGUAUUUUUUAUACGAAUUCAAUAUGACAUGUUACAUUUAGUUUUUUUUCAGAUUUUCUUUAAGUAGGUUGCAACGCCUGCUUGACUUGAUGCCAGGAGGUCAUUUUAGCAAUGAAGAAAAGCUCGACAUGCUGACGUGCCACAUUUUGUGCUAUAAAAAUACUAAAGAUACUGCAGAAACGUAUCUUGAUAAAUUUAGCGAAAGAAGGCAGCCAAAUGGCCUGGGAUACAAUACCCCAAGAAGACAUCAACCACCUAAUCCAAUCAAUGCCGCGAAUGUGUAG